AGUGAGUGAGUGAGAAAGAGAGUGAUGCGAGCCCCGCCCCCGUGGGCCGAUCUGUCCGCUGAUUGGCUGAGAGCAGUCUCGUGUCAUCGGUCUAUGAUCGGCGGAUCGCGCGCUGCUCUCGGAUGAAACAGUGUUGCGCGCGUUCGUGAGAGUCCGACUGAAGAUGACGCGUGAACGCGGAGCUGCGGCCAAAGCCAAACUCACUCAUCCUGGAAAAGCCAUCCUGGCAGGUGGAAUCGCAGGCGGCAUUGAAAUCUGCAUCACGUUUCCUACAGAGUAUGUGAAGACUCAACUACAGCUAGAUGAGAGAGCCAAUCCACCACGAUACAGAGGAAUCACGGACUGUGUGUCUCAGACGGUCCGUCAUCACGGAGUGAAGGGUUUAUAUCGAGGCCUCAGCUCGCUGCUGUACGGAUCCAUCCCUAAAUCUGCCGUCAGGGACGUUUCUGGUUCCUCCACAGCGGUUCUUCAGAGGUCAUCUGAGCGCUGGAGCUGGGAUUGGUUCUCCAGGGGUCAGAUGUUCAGCGUCUCUGACCUGUGA